AUGAGUAAACCCUCACAACAUGGUCCCGUUCCCCUCCCCCCCUUCCUCCGGAAAAUAGCCCACAGCUAAUAUCAUACCAACAGACCCCUCAAACCUAGGCCCCAUCGCCGCCCCCGUCUCCCUCGGCGCCACAUGCUCAAGGCCCUACCGCAGGCAAACACGUAAACCCCAAACCCUCGACUCCUGGGAAGACGCAUCCACCUCAUCUUCCUCGGAUGACGAAGCUAACCAUCCCUCCCCGCCACCACCGACGCCAACAACACCCCUCACUCAGACGCAUACCAGGAAUUCAUCUUCAGUGUCCUCGAUCGCUUCCUCGCGCGAGACCGGUGCCCCCGCCGUCGCGGGUGCGGCAGCGGGGGAAAGGCCGACAACGACGGAUGCCGUCGCCCGAAGGAUGAUUUCCGCCGCCUUGGGCGUUAGGGCUAAGAGUACCAAGGAGCAGCGCGAGUACGACACGGCGGUGAAGGCCGCGGAGCGGAAGAAGAGGGAGGGGGAGAGGGAAAGGAGUAGGCUUGAAGAGGAGGAGAGAGAGAGGGUUAGGAGGGGGAUUUGGGAGGAUUAG